AUGUUUCAGUUCGAGAAAUAUGUGGAAGUAAUAAAACAUCCGAAUGGUGGCGCAUCGAUAGUAAAAACUGAUUGGGCGAAACUUGUUGAAAAUUUUAAUGAAACAGAAUUGAAGCAGUUUUCGUCGGAAUUUGCCAUUUAUGGUUUAUCGGAAGAGAACGGAGUUCCGGUAUUCGUCGCGGCAAUUAUCGAACAUGCAACAGAUUUUUUGGACGUAAUAACAUUUUCUUGCUUGUUUGAUUUUUUGAAGAAAAUUGUCAGAUUCAUUUAUUAUCAAUGCUUUUUAUCACUGAUCCUUGGUGUAGUUGAGCAGCGUUACUUAUACCCCCAGUUUGAUCUGUUGAUGCGAAGUCGCAAAUUGGGAAUUCGAUCCUUAUUCGAACUGUUCAUUUUGGCGAACAGAUGGUCUUCAGCCAGCUUCUCUGGUAGUGUUCAGAUGUGGGCAAGCACUGGCAGUUUACGAGCUGUUAGUUAA